AUGGAACAAUCCGGACCUACUGGGGCUCAAGUAGUCUGCGCUGUGUUCCGAGAACCAUUGCACGAGAUACUGGAGAAAGUAAAGCGCGAACCCUUCUUUCAGUGGCCGAACAGGAUGGCAGGCGACCCCUCAAAACGCAAUCAGAAUCUAUACUGUGCAUAUCAUCAAGAGCCCGGUCACGCCACUGACGAAUGCAGGAACCUGAAAAACUAUUUGGAUCGGCUUGUCCGAGAAGGAAAGCUAAGGCAUCUGUUGCACCGCCCUGAGCAGUCGAAUAUCGAAACCAGACAAGGCGCAUUGAGGCCACCCAUAGGCACGAUAAAUGUCAUUCUUGCCGCACCUGGGAGAACAGGCUCCGGCCCAUUCAGAGUGAUGUCAGUGGGUAGGUUCCCGACAGAGCCAGGCGAAAGAGGAUCCAAAAGAGCUAGAGCGAGGGCCCCGCCAUUAAUCGGGUUCACGGAGGAGGAUAAGGAAGGAACUAUUCAACCCCAUGAAGAUGCCCUAGUGGUGACACUCAGAAUAGGAGAUUCAGUAGAAAUCAAGCUGUCAGAGCUCACCGUCACCCUUGUCAGAGCGCACCCGUCGUAA